AUGCAGCUUCAUCCUCUGGCCGCGUCUGCCGCGUCUGUCACUACACAGGCGAUCGCAGAGUCAAGCGACAAGGACGAGGAAGAAGAGGAGGAGAAUCCGGAAGAGGAACUUGCGACCUCCUCCGAUGUCGAGGCCUUUCGCAGCGGGCAGAUGCUGUGUUUUGUUCGGCGACUUUGUGGCCUGCCACUGGUGGAUCUCAAUCUGCAUUUCGAGGCUGCGUGCCGAAUCUUCUGCGAGGUUCUGCAGCCGCUGCAACCACCGGCUGGUGUUCGGGCAGCCAGACUCGGCGAUGGCCACGGGCCCGACUUGUCGCAUGCGACAACGAAGUUUCUGGAGCUCCAGCUCGGCCAGGUUUCAGUGGUGCACAGCGAGGGAUCCCUCGUGGAUGCGGUGGAAGAAGGCUUUGCAGCGAUGCACGCGAGGAUUGGUCCGCCUCGUGUCGUCGUCCAGUGUGAGAAGCGAGAAGAAAUGUGGAGGCACCGACCACAACAAGAGCUGAAGAAACGCCAGGCCAGUUUCAAACGCCAGAAAGAAAAGCUUCUGCUUGAGCAGCAACAGUUCGUCAAGGAUCUGCAGGAUCGACGAAAACCGACAGAGGAAGAAGCAGCUGCGUUUCCAUCAAACCGCAGGAUGAACACUUUCGACUGCGGGCCCGACCAGGAUCUUGUGCUGGUCUCGGACAUCUUCCGCGACUUGCAGCCGCUGCUGCACAUGACGAAGACGGAAGAGCAUUCCGGACCAAGUCGCACAAUCUUGUCCCCGCAGGCAGAUACCACCAGGCCGAACGAAGAAGGAAGACAUGCCACUGCUGGUUGUCACGGCGACACGCACGGAGCUUUCGCAAUCCGGCGCAAGCUUCUUAGCCCAAGUCUCCGAGGAUUUGGCGCAUUUCGGAGGCACGAUACAUGUGUUCUUUGGACCGGCAGCAGUGUGGUUGGGUCUGGCAUGGAAGGCUGUGUUGGCAAUCAUGUGGAGGCGAUCUGCUAUCCUCCCUGCGGUUGGGUUCCAGGAUGUCUGCUCAAGGGUUGGCAGCUUGCUUGGACCAUUAUGCCCGACAGCUUCAGGUACGGGCCGACAAUAGCAACUUCAGUCAGAGUGUGGCAGGCGAAAAUCGACUUUGUCGAGGGAAAGCCUGUAGCCGUUGAAAGACAAGCCCAGGUGCCAGUAAAAGGCUUUGCCGUGGACUGUGCAGCUCACGGUGAGCCAUUCUGCAUCAUCUUCUGGCCCGACAUCACUCCUCCUUCCGAGUAUGAAAGCAUUGGCUUGGAAGUGAAGGUGUCUGGACUCACAGGACCAGCAGGCCCGGACUCAGAGCUCAGCUUCUUUUACCAGGUGGCACCCUUUAGGCAGGAGGACAUGUGCAAGAAGAUGGUGCUGGAGGCGCGGCGCCUCAAGGAGAUGAUCUCGAACCAACGCCUCUGGGCCGGCAGUUCACUGCCGGUGGAGAAGCCAAGGCGGCUUCGACGAGCGAGUGAUUUCCUGCAGCAGCACAAGAGUGCCCUUCAGCCCAUGUCCCAUCCAGGCAUGGACAUCACUGUCGAUGGAGUCGAUUUGGCAGUCACGAUUCGGGCGCCGGUUCAAGCUAUCAACGCCGAGCUGCAUGUGGUUCGUUUUGGAGGCGAUGAGGACAUCGUUCCAAGGGCUGCGCAGGCUCAGCGGCUGCCGAACUGGAACUUUCUCAUUCGCGUCAAGAUACCGCUUCCGCGCGCCCGCUACCAGCUGCGUAUCCAACCAGACUCUGCGGAGGACGGCUCGGGUCUGUGCUAUUCCAUCACCUUCAACGAAGCCACAAGAGUUCCAGCACUGCUCACAUCAUUGGAUGAGCCACUGGCAAUGAAGUUCGGGUAUGCUCCAAUGACCUCAGCUGGGCAGGUUCACGGAGUUGUCCUGUUGAGCCCGCUGAUGUUUAGAAUACCUGCCGGGACAGCAUAUUUUCUCAUCUGGGUCAACAAGGCCGUCGCCUUGGAAGCACAGGAGCCCGAGAAGUCCACUGGCCUCACCACUCUCUUCGCUUCGCGUUUGGGAGCUUCGCCUCCUGAAAGCGUUCAACUUCCAGCCAUGGCGACGUCGAAAGGCUUAGCGAAGUCGAAUAAAGAUCGCAGGUCUGCUUUGCAAAUGCUUCAAGCUCAACUCAGUGGUCAAUUUGGCCCUUACGUCCAGGACUCAUCGGGAGAUGUCCAUCUAGAUCUUUCCUUCAAGGAUGGCAAGUGCAGCAUCCUCGUAUUCUGUUGUUUGCAAUUAGUCUAUGUGUCUUCCGGCAUUGGCGUUUUUUGCAGCUGUGACCAAGUGACCCGAAGCCUUCUUGGGGCCAGCCAAGAGGUUGCUGGAAACGGCCAGGGCAUCAUGCUACGGAAUGCCAGAGUUCUUAUGGCGGUCUGGCUUCCUGCCUGA